AUGAGACCGCCUGAAGCCCCCUCGUCGCCCGUAUUCGCUACGUUGGAUCCGACAGUGCUGGAUACCGAAAUGAACGGAGUCUAUGAGGACGCCGAUACGGAGUUUGUAAAUGGCGGCGACUAUCAUCAACCCCAUGACGCCGGCAGGGAAUUCGACGAUAUAUUUGCUCACUCAACUCAUGCUCGAAUUGUCGAUAAUAGUGGGUUAUACGUGUCUCCCUCUGAAGUGUCUUCUGUGAAGCAGCAGCAGCAUUCCAAAUCUCUCAAGCGGCCUCUGGAGUUUUCCCUCGACUCACCGUCGGAUUCACCGUGCGACAACUCGAGUCCUGGUUCGUCUGCAGAGUCAAUGCGGGACCACGGGCGUAACUCGUCCGUUGGGUCAGCUGCCUACAGUGAUGCUGCUAUAAAAUUUGACAGCGAUGGAUGGUUUAACGCGCAAGCAUUUUCAGAAAAGGAUGACAAUCUGUUCGGCUUAGAAAAUGAUUUUGCCGGCUUCGAUCCUAAAUACACAGAUAUUGAAUCGAGUAAUAAAGUCAUGGACUCUGCUUUUGACUUUGAAAGCGCAGCGAGCAGUCCAAUGCCUCUAAAGAACGAGGUCACAUCUUCCUUUGGAGCAGCAGAGAAAUACAAAAGCAGUUCAAAAGUCCAGGCCAAUAGCUUCGCUUCAUCCAAACCUACAAGCGUGUGGAGUGGCCGCUCCCCUUCUUCCGUCCUAGAUGAGAACUUUGCAGGAAUUUCCGCGAAUACUUUAUCUGUGCACAAUGCAGCCUUGAAUCUAAACAUUAACGCCGGUCAAAGCGAAGUACAAUUUGGUAUGCCAGAUUACUCCGUCAAUUCUUUUAGCGCUAAAUCGGCCCCUCGCGCUCCGACACGUACUGUUCUCCAUGUGCAUCCAACAUCGCUCAAAUCUCGAGUGGAAACGCAAAUCCCAAUUCGACUCACCUUAUAUCCCCUUCCUGCCGGUGUCAAAAAGCUGCGUUUACCCACACAUACCAUUUCGAAGCCCAAGUUCUUAGCAAAACCCGAUGUAAUUCGGUCUCCAGAGGUCCUUGAGCUGCAUACGAGCCUUGUAUGUACCAGUGCAAUGCGAGAUGAGUCGAAACUGGAACGAGCCUAUGCCAGAGCUCGUGGGGAAGAAGUGAAACACUCCUCUAUUACGUCAGCUGCUACAGAGAGUACUCAGGAAGAAGUCCAAGACACGCCUUUAGAUGGCGGCGAUGUAAAAAUCUGCCAAGGAUGUAUUCAGCGAGAAAGAAAACGUGCCUCACGGAAGAAACAGAGGAAACCAGAUGAAGACGAACUUUUCCAAAAAAACGAAGACAAAAGAGUUAUUGUUUUCAAUACCAAUGAAAUGAAGGAUUGGGUCGAGCCGGCCAAGGAUUCUUCUAUGACUUUCACCCCGCCAGGAGCUAUGCAAGUUGAGCUGCCAAUGCGAAUAGCAUGUUACUGUCGGCAUCAAAACGAAAAGAUUGGCUUCCAGGUUAUUCUUACUAUAAAGGAUCAUUUAGAUAAUGUGGUGGCUCAAGCAAUCACCAACUCGAUAAUGAUUACCGACGAUCACAAGACUCACGCAGCAGCAUCAUCAGCUGCUACAGCGGCAGUAGCUCCGAAUGCCGUGGUGACAGAUAGCGCUCAGCAGCUGCCCGGCACUGGCGUUUUCGUUUCCGGUCCCUCUCAAGAGAUGGCAAAAGGCCCGCUUGGCGGGCAACAAACGUUUCAAAUGUCAUCAUCUAAUGCCGAUCUUCAGAGCCUUCAGCAACAACUAUCUUCUCAAUAUUCAAUGACCCCAGGGGCCUUUGCAAUACCGCAAGCCAACGGGAGCUCGUCUGCUUCUCUCACACCACGCAAUUCAUCGAGACAGACAUCUCCCUCCGAGUACGGUGGACCUUCGAACAAACGUCGGAAGCACAGCGGUUCCGGCAAGUUGCCCACCGGACUGACUAUGACUAGACUUGAUAGUCCCCAGGCGACCUCUUCGACGAGUUCUUCUGUUAACGGCCAAUUUUCUUCCAAUUCUAGAAGCUAUUUUUCGCCGGUCGAACAACCUUUCGCUACGCCAAUUGGUGUCGCCGGUCCCUUCAGCAACAGUCCACCUACUCCAAAUACCAACGAAACUCCUUAUUUCAAUGCCAUCCAACAACCUCAGAACUUAGAUGGGCUUACUCAAAAUCAAUUCAUGUCAACUCCGAGCUCUACCCAUGCAAGUCGGCCGGGCUCGCCAGGAUUGACAUCGCGCAACAACUUUGCUGAACCGGCACAAGGAUUAGCUAGUGGGCCAAAUCCAGUGAGCCAAGCCUGGCCUCGUCUGACAAACGCUGGAAAUCGCUUGCCAACAAUAAUUCAUAAGCUUGUUCCAGCCGAAGGCUCGACAACUGGAGGGACGGAGGUCACAUUAUUGGGCAGCGGAUUUUACCCAGGCAUGGAAGUUGUUUUUGGUGAUACUCUCGCCACGACAACAACAUUCUGGGGUGAUAAAUGCCUGAACUGUCUUACCCCACCGGCGUUACAACCUGGUCUUGUACCCGUUGUCUUCAAGCACGAGCAUCCUACCUUCGGCCAAGUUACUCAGACCCAUCCAAUACUUCCCAAACAACAACACUUUUUCCGCUACGUGGAUGAUCGGGAGCUCCAAAUGUACAGACUGGCGCUUAGUAUCUUAGGUCAAAAAUUACGGAAUCCAUCAGAUGCUUUCCAAACUGCUCAACGCAUCAUGGGUGGUGACCAGGCCGCUUUGUGGAACCUGCAAAAUGAUAUCCAAGGAGGCAGCAGUGGGCAACGACAAAUUCCUAACCUCAAUGCUCAAGGCCAGACCAGCGAUCUAGACUCACGAAUGCUGACAUAUUUGGAGUUCAUCGAUCUAGAUGAUAGUCCCCGUGCCCCGAGGUAUAACUCGCGAUCAACCACCGGUCAGACGCUGUUGCAUUUUGCUUCAUCUCUAGGUUUGACUAGAUUUGUUGCGGGGCUUCUUGCUAGAGGCGCAAAUCCAGAUGUUCAGGACAAGAACGGCCAUGUGCCUAUGCAUUUCGCUGCAUUGAGCGGACAUGCUCAUAUUGUACACCGUCUUAGACUAGCAGGCGCCGAUGCUUUGACCAGGAAUCUCCGAGGAUUUACACCUGCUGAUAUUGCAACCUCGCUGCCUGCUCACCAGGCUGCACUUAUACCAGCACGCCAUUAUCGAUCUCGCAGUGUGGGUUCUUCGCCUUCUCUCCGUCGCCGUCCUAGUAGCUCUGCGUCCUUAAAUUCAUUUUGGGAAGCAUCUUCGGCAUCUGGAUCUUUUAACCUAGCUCAGGACGAGUUCGAAGAUGAUGAGUCAUCUGAAGCAGAUGAGGAGGAGGCCGAUGCGUAUUUAUCUUCUUCGCGAAGGUCGAGUGUCCACCAUGAUACAGGAUCAUCCCUGUAUUAUCCCCGUUCUCGCGAAGGCAGCGUCAAUGUUGAUGCGAUCAGCACGCAAGUCGAAUCAAACGUCGAGACAGAAACGGCGUCUAACACACCUCCGCCACCUGAUUCGCUAGUUGCAUGGCGCGAUCACCUUGCAACUCAAAUCAACCAAUUUCAACAGAGCGUUGGCAGAGCGUUUCCAAACCUUCCUGCCCUUCCACCGAUGCCACCGAUGCCUGCUUUGCCUGACUACCAGGCGUAUCCCAUGAUGCGUCGGAUUAGUAACUUGGUUCCUCACAGACCAGGAUCUUCAUGGUCUUCAAAGGACGGCUGGUGGGACUUGUUUACUGGAAAUUCUGCCCCAGCAGCCAAUCAAAAUCAACCCCCUGCAUACGAUGAGCUAUACCCACAUCAAGAGUUGGACGAAGAUCGGGAACAUGAGCUCAAGAAAACUUCGUUGCUCAGGGCAGCCACAGAAGCAGCACUAGACCAGCACUUUGAGGCACAAGCCGGACCGUCCAAUUCAAAUGCGGAGGCUGAGACUGUGAACAACAAGCACGAAGAAAUAACCGAUAUUCGAAUUGGUCGUAAGACUGUGAUUUCUCGCCAGCAACAGAAGCAGUUGAGACAGCAACAAGCGCGCAAAAUGAAGGGGCUGACGAAGGAUAAAAAUCUUUUCUUCUUCUGGCUCCCAAUGUUACUUCUGUUCCUAGGCCUAUGGCUUCGAAAUUUUGUGCCAGGUCUAUGGCAAGGUGUUUCUGAGGGGUAUCAGUUCGUCAAGACCCGCUACCUACAGCGUAGCAUUACAGCAGCACCAUAG